AUGACGGUAGGACCAGCUGUGAAGCGGAAGAAACUGUCACCUCCCGACUUUUCAGACCCAGACUCAUCGACCUCUACGUUGGUCGGUCAGUCUACUACGCAGGACGAUUUCUUCAAUAGGGCAGCAGGAUGGAACUUAGAGCAGGAUUAUGAGCAGAGACCUCGAAAGCAAAAGAAAAAAGAGAAAGAGAACACGAGGCUUCCGAUCAAGACCGUGGAGGGAAGAGUUGAACAAUUGCAAGUUCCAGAGGUCACACAAGAGGAUGAUGAUAGCUGGCUCGCCUCUGAAGAGGAGAGCAUGGAAGAUUCAGGGCCUAUCCAAGAGGACACCAAAAUUCCUAUCCGCCAACAGAUACUAGAGGCAAAAGAAGAGCUAGCCCGGUUGGCUGGCCUCGUUAAUGAGGACCCCGAGGAGCAUGCUGGCGCAUUUCGCGCAUUGGGUCAAAUCGCAACUUCCUCAAACCCUACAAUCAAGAAGCUAGGCUUAGCUACACAACUAGCUACCUAUAAAGAUGUCAUCCCAGGAUACCGAAUACGCCCAAUCGCUGAAAUGGACCAGACGGAGAAGGUCUCCAAGGAUGUCAGGCGUCUUCGAGCAUUCGAGCAAUCGCUUGUCAGCUCCUACCAAGCAUACAUCAAGGACCUGGCAACCUGUGCAAAGGCUCGACAAGGGGGAGUAUCCGAAGCAACGUCGAGCGUGAAACAGGUCGCGAUAGCUUGUGCUUGUGCUCUGCUCAUUGCUGUACCCCAUUUCAAUUUUCGAGGGGAGCUCCUGAAGAUUCUGGUUGGCAAAUUGAGCACUAACAGGAUCGAUGCGGACUUUAUCAGAUGUCGUGGAACACUAGAAACCUUAUUCCGCAAGGACGAAGAUGGCACAUCAUCUCUAGAUGCUGUUGGGCUGAUCACAAGGAUGAUGAAAGCGCGAAACUACCAAAUUGAUGAAAGUGUUCUGAAUACUUUUCUUCAUCUUCGGCUUCUAAGCGAAUUCUCGUCCAAGGCCUCGCAGAACCGAGUCGAUAAAGCGUCUACAGACAAUGAUGACGGAGCCAAGAAGCCCAAAUUCAAGAAAGAGUUCCGCACCAAAAAGCAACGCAAGAUUAUGAAAGAGAGAAAGGUAGUCGAAAAGGAGUUUAAAGAGGCAGAUGCUACCGUCAGCCAUGAGCAGAGAGAUCGUAUGCAAGCCGAGACGCUCAAACUCGUCUUCGUAACAUAUCUCCGAAUUUUGAAGGCCAGAGUUCCUCAUUUGAUGGGUGCCGUACUCGAAGGUCUUGCCAAGUACGCCCACAUCAUCAACCAGGACUUUUUCGGAGAUCUCCUCGAAAUUCUUAAAGAUCUCACAAAUUCUAAAGCUCUGCUAGAAGCUGAUGAAGAGGAGCAAGAGGAAGAGGACGAGUCAUCCAAGAGCACUCGAGACUCUCUAAGAGAAUCCCUCCUCUACAUUACCACCGCCUUCGUUCUUCUAGAGGGCCAAGAUGUUGCACGCUCCACUCCAUCGCUCAACCUCGAUCUCACAGAUUUUACAGCCCAUCUUUACAAAUCCUUACAUUCUUUCUGCCUAAACCCAGAUCUCGAGCUCUCCCACAAGUCACUGCGUCUCCCAGAUCCACAUGCUUCGUCAUCGGCUUCGCCUACAACUACCGCACCAAGAGUAAAUCUGCAAACCACGACGGUGCUCAUGUUACGUGCGCUGACCUCAAUCCUGACCCCUCGCUCUGUUCCUCCAGUCCGUCUGGGUGCUUUUACGAAACAGCUCUUCACUUCUACCCUGCAGCUCCCUGAAAAAUCUACCUUGGCAAUGGUCAGUCUAUUAAACAACCUGACGAAGAUCCAUGGACGUAAGAUUGCAGCGCUGUGGAAUACAGAGGAGAGAAAAGGAGACGGUGUCUUUGAUGCGAUGAGAGUAGAUCUGGAGGGCAGCAAUCCAUUUGCCAGCACGAUCUGGGAUGGCGAGCUGCUGAAGUUGCAUUAUGCGCCUGCGGUUCGGGAAGGGAUACAGGGUAUUGAAAGGAUCAUUGGGGAUGUAAAGUGA